AUGAUACUACGAACGGGUGUCCUGAUCCUAAUCGCACAAGUGACAUGGUGUCAGAUCGGUCAGCCGGGCCAGGCUCCCGGCCAAGUGCCUCUGGAUCCGGGGUACCGACAGCCGCUCGAGCCGAUCAAGAACGUUCUGCAGGGCAGUUACGGUAACAACGUGACGCUCUACCAGAGAAAUUCGCCGUACCGCGUCUCGGGCGAUUUGACCGUCGAGUACGGGGUGACGAUGGAAAUCGAGACGGGCACGCGGAUCUACUUUGACACCGGCGUCGGGCUCAUCGUCAAGGGAACGCUCAGGGCUAUUGUGAGUCAUCAAAUAUUGAAAAAGUGCCUGCCAUCAGAUUGAGCUCCAAAAGUUAGUCUAAAAAUCCUUCAUCUCUGAAUGCCUAUAUCUCAAGAGCCAAUUAUUUUUUCAGAAUCUGGUCAACUGAAAAGUUGUUGCAAAUUUUAUGCUCUACAACUUUCUAGUUGACAAUUUUAGUCCAAAAUUUGUCAUUCUUGAGUUAUGGUCAAGUUUCUAAACAGUGCCCACUUGGGCGACAAAAAAUCGAGGAAACAGUCGCGGUUUCCAAAAAAAACCACCCAAAUCAUACUUCUAAUUUCCAUUUCCAAUUCCAAUUCGAAAUUACAUCAGUCGCCCAUCCGAAUGAGAGAGUGUUCCCAGUGUGAGAGACGCAGACGUGCGAAAGAGAGAGAGAGAGAGAGAGAGAGAGAGAGAAGUGAACAGCACGGCGGCGGCGGCGGCGGAAACGACAAUACUAACCAAACAAUGUUCGGAAACAUUCGCGCGAGGUCGGCCAACUGAAGCUAGAGGGUAAAAAGUCACAGUGGAAGCACAAUAUACUUUUAAGGGAGGGACAGAAAUGAGAGGAACAAAAAGUGGGGGUUUAAAUAUCUAGGAAUGCACAAAAACCGAUGAAAACCCGUACGAUUUUCAGGGAAAUGAGUUUGCGCACAUCGAGAUGCUUCCGUACCAGCAACAAAUCAACUACGACUCGGAAAUGCCGACAUUCCGGCUCGUGGACGGGCCUACCGUAAGACAGGGACGGCUGCAAGUACAGUUUCGGGACAGAUGGAGAUCCGUGUGCACCAUGCUCACCAAGUGAGUCUUCUAUUUCCUAGACGUGUUUUAGACGUGUUUUGAAUGAGAAUGCAACCAAUUUUGUGGAGCUAAAAUGUCAAAAACUUACAGCUGGACAUCGAUAGACACGGGCACCGCGUGCCGAUCGAUGGGCUACUCGGACGGCGGCUUCUGGAAAUGGUACCUCCGAAACAACGACACGUACCCGUUCGUGAUGCCGAAACCCGAGUGCCACGGCGCCGUCCGUGAUCUCUGGGACUGUCCGGCCUUCUCGGAUCCGUCGCGGAUCCGCCUGUCCGAGAAUCUUUGUCAGGGAGAGGACGACAUCGGCAUCUACUGCUGGGGACCGCCCGUCUUCACCGGAUGGGCGAGACAUUGGAAAGGCAUCCAGAUAUUGAACUCGCCGUUUCACUAUGUCAACUCGGAUCCGGAUUUGGUCUCGGUGAAUCGAGAAUCGAACUCUAGGCUCGAGUUUAUCGACAUUCUGUAUGCCGGUUAUGAUGGGUGAGUUGUAUAAUCUUUGAAGACCUAUAUCUCGAGAACCAAUUGUUGUUUCAAAAAGUUGGCAACUGUGAAAUUGUUGCAAAUUUUAUGCUGAACAAUUUUGUAAUUUAUUAUUUUACACCAAAAUAUGUCAAUUUUCAGUUAUGGCUCAUUUUCUGUUGCGAGUUAGAAACAGGCGCGCAAAAGUUGGCGGCACCUUUUUUAGAGCAAUAUAUCUCAGCCGCCAGUGGAGCUAUCAAAACAAUGUAAACUAAUAAGUUUUGCAUUAAAUUAUGGUGUACAUUUUCUCAGUUGACAACUUUUUCAUAUCUCUACUCCUAACCUAGAUACGGUAAUUCUUUUCAGCGCCUCCAAAAACACGACCUCGGCGCUGUACAUCGAGGGCGUUCCGCCGAUCAUGAACGGGCUACGGAUUGAGCACAGUGCUCGGGACGGUCUGCAACUGCUCGAUCCGUCCGGUCCCGCCCUCAUCGCCAACUCGACGUUCUCGUUCAACCGCGGCCACGGAAUCUUCGUGGUCAACACGACGGACGGCCGCGUCUUUGUGAACAACUCGAGGAUCGAAGGGAACUGGGGCGACGGCAUCUGGUACAAACAAAAGACCGGCGUGAAUCUGAUCAACUACGGAAUGCGGGAACGACGGAGCAUCGGGCUGCUCGAGGAGCAGAAGCCGAGAAUCGAUUUGUGCGCGGAGCAUCGAGUGUCCGAUGAGCACUUCUUUCCGCAUUUGACCGCCGUUCAUCUGAAGAACCGCACGUUUUUGGACCCGACCCAACCGCCCAUUUGUUGGAUGGUACGUCUAUGAUCUUUCGGGGACCGCGGUUCUAGAUUAUCGAAAAAAGAUCUACAGUGUGAAUUAUCUUAACAAAAACGUCAAAAUGUUGCAGACGGUCUCUCUGCCGCCGCGCCUACCGUACACCUACAGUAUCCAGUGGCUGCACAUUCGGGACCGUAACCCUCCGACCGCCAGGACCACUCUGAUCCUCUGCGAUUCGAAUAAUCCGGACGAGAAUGCGUGCUCGACACCCCGUUUUCGCAUUCCGAUCCGCGAUUCGGUCUACCCUCAGAGUAUAUCGCUAAAAAGUUCGGGCAAGCCGUUGUACGUGGCUCUGGAGCACAUUUUGGACGGCGAGCAGGCCGGAUACGUGCAGGGGACGUACAUUUACUGCUCAACAUCCAUGCGUCGGUUUUGGGUAAUCCAGGGAAUCGGGGGAAAAUGGAAAAUGAAAGAGGAAUUUGCCUGUUUAGAUAAGGCGUAUUACGGAUUGAACGUCACGAAUUGCAUCAUCGAGAAGAACACCGGAAACGGAGUGUUCGCGAAUGAAAUCAGGGAACGGACCGCCCUGACGAACGUGACUUUGGACGAGAAUCAGGGAUAUGCGGGCUUGCUCGUCAGGGUGAGUCGCCCUAUUUUGUGAUUUCCGGAACUCGUUUCCGAGAAACCUUUCCGACUUCCGCAUUCCGCAUUCCGUGAAACCUUUUUGCAGGACGGCGCAGCGGACAUCUGGCUGAACGAGACGCGAAUCGUGAAGAACUGGGGCGACGGAGUGAACAUCUCGUACGCGGGCGGCAGUAUCAUGGUCAACGGCUCGCGAAUCGAGAAGAAUCGCUGGCGCGGCGCGGCGAUCCACUACAAUCAGUCGAUUCCGUUCUUUCCGCUCUACAACGAGGUGAUCUUCAAGGGCCGCCCGUCGAACAACCUCUUCUACCUGCCGACCGUAAUCUCCGACAACGAGUGGGGCGGUCUUUUGGUCGGCAAUUACUGUGCGAGCACUGCGGAUGAGGUGAGAAUCGAGCCGAAAGUACUGAUCUCGUGGGUCGAGUUUCUCAAAAACCGCUAUCAUCCGGCGCUGGAGAUAUUCUCGUGUCGGGACGCGGCGGUCGGCGCCAGUUUAAUCGACAUUACCGGCAAUCGGGUCGACGGGAAUUUGGGCUUUGGAAUGAGGAUCUCGCCGGCCGUCAACAUGCACACCCUCAUCAGCAGCAAUCAAUUUCUGCACAACAACGACACGGCCCUUUUCAUUCGCAAUGCGCAGUGGCCUCAACUGGUGCAUCUGCCAGCCGAAGUGACCAUUUCGAAGAACGUGUUCAAGUUCAACACCGCCAAGUACAUCAUAUCGAUCGGAUUGAACGAGGACGCACGCCGACAAUUUCUCACUUUCAAUCAGCAGAAUGAGGUGGGUGAGCAAGUGCGCUCCAACGAAAUGUAGACCUUUUUUCAGGUGCGCGCGAACACCGUCUUCGACCCGUUUCCCUCGCUUCCGGCGCGUUCGACGCCGUCCGCGGCGCUCGUCGUCUCUUCGUCGAACGUGAAAAUCCAUCGGAACUGCUUCAACAACGAGCGCGCCAAGUACGAGAUCGGCACGGAGCUGGAGCGACACGCAAAGUGGAUCGACGCGCGGGAAAACAAUUGGGGAUUCCAGGAGAUUCCCCGCUUCAUCGACAAGUUCUUCGAUCAGUUCAAUCGAUACUCGCUCGCCUCGAUCGACAUUGAUCCGUACAUGGCGGCGUGCAAUCAGAGAAUGCCCUACAUUUCACUGUUGAACGGCGCGUUCCGACAAUUCCGAAAGCCUGCCGAACCACGGCUCCUCGGCGGAAUCAUCUACGAGAACCACGAUCUGCUGAAGGGACGGUACACGGUCACCGAGGACCUGCAAGUGGUCCCCGGCGCGAAAUUGACGAUCGCGAGUGGGAGUGUGCUUGAGUUUCAGCACGGAAUCGGCAUGAUCGUGCAGGGGGAUCUCAUCCGGAACGAGUACGAUCAGGACGAAAAAGUCAUUUUCACGUCGACGCCGUUCACUUUGGAAAAGCGCCCGAACAUCCGACUCGUGGAUGCGGAUGGGAACGACGAAGUCACCGAAGGACGGCUCGAGGUUCUUGUCGACGAGCAGUGGGGUCAGUCGGUCCAUUACCAACGAGCAAUUGAAAUAAUAUUAUCGUUUUCAGGGACUGUCUGCAACCGCAGUUGGACCGCCCAUCACACAAUUCUCGCGUGUAACCAACUGGGACUGGUGGCCGACGUUCAGUACUUCGAGAAUUGGCGGAUAUUCCCCGAGGAAGGCGAUUUGCCGAUGGUCAUGGACAAUAUCAGAUGCGAGGAGAACGAGGUGGAUCUGACAAAGUGUCGGCACGACGGAAUCGAACGGAAUUGCGCGGCCGGGUGUCGGAAGACUGAAGUUGUUGGUUAGUAUUCUGGGAGAUUAAUAAUAUCUACGCCCCUACUUUCAGGUCUCCGCUGCCUGGAACCCCGUUGGGCGGGCGUCCGCUACUCGUUGCUCGCGAAUCCGCCGACCGUAACCGGCCAGACGACGAUGGAUAACUGGCUGAUCGAGAAGGGCGGUCUCUUCGAUUUCCGCACCGCCCGCUUCUGUGCCGCGUUCAAAAUCGACUGGAACUACCACACUUUCCAUCGGCUCGAAAUCAAGAACAACUUUUGGGAUGGGGUGGACGUGGUCUACAACGAUCUGAUUAAAAAGCCGGCGAUUCGGAACAGCCUCAUUUAUAACAAUCGACACAAUGGCUUCCACGUUCGCUCCGCCGGGAUUACGGUAGAAAAUGUGUGUUUUCUCCGGAAUACGGAAGUCGGAACAAAAGACGUAUUUUCAGGUGACAAUAAACUUUUCGGGCCAGUCGGGAAUGCGCUACAAUCCGUCGGUGUCCGCUCUCGAACAGGACGAUAUCGUCUCGUGGCUCAGUCUCCGAGAGCAACCCGAACUGGAGGCCAACAAUAUUUUCCGAAUUCCGGAUAACAAUCUCGAUUUGAUCGAGGUAAACGACUGGAAAAAUGACAAAAAAACAACAACAGCAAUAUUUUCAGGUGAUGGAAAGCAAUUUGAAUCAGCGCAAGUUCCUGGUGGCAUCGGAGACCGACGAUUGUCCUGAAGGUAAAAAACUGAAAAAGGGGUGUAAAAGUACAGUAACCGGUUCGGACCUUCAGAUCCACUUCAAGAGUGCGUCUACAAUUUGAUGAUCCGAGCACAGGGCCAUCAGUACGGAAUGGCCUCCAAAAUGGCCAUUCAAAUUGUGAAUCCGCCCUCGAACACUUCCGAUGAGGACGCGGUUUUUACGGAAAACGGAAAGAAUUGGAGCGCCCGCAAAGACCAGAUUUAUGUGAGUUUUUGCGGAAUUCGGAAGUCGGAAAGCUGGAUUCCCGCCCCAACUAUUGUCUCUUUUUUCAGUUCCCCGUGAUUUCGACCGAAAAUGAGAUGCGAAUACGGUACACAAGAUCGUACGGAAAACCAAAAUUGGUCAUUUUGGUGCUCUAUUUGGAUAGUGAGUUUUUUUUUAAAGUUAUGGCCUAGCAAAAUCUCUUCCACACGGUUCUAGAACCCCAAGAACCCCAAGACCACCAAGUUAAAUUUCAGCGCAAGAGUACGUGGACCGAUUCGUCCACGUGUACCAGUCGCGGAUCGAGGAUAACCAGUACGGUUUCUCGGCGGUCCACUACAGUAACCUGACGUAUCCGGACGGCCGGCUCUCGAACCGCUGGGACCGCGAGAAGAUCUGGCUGCAAAAGGUGAACUUUACGCGGAACUCGGAGGCGGUCCUCUGGCUCCACUCGCCGCAACACGCGGUCCCGCUCGGCACGCCGAUUGCCGAGAUCACCUAUCACUUUGACAACUGCUCGGUGACCGACAAUAGCGGACCGAUCAUAGAGUCGCAUCGUGAUCUCUACGCGUCCGCCAACGUUUUCCACUGGAUCCUCUGGUCGAACACUUUUGCGAAUAAUUCGAAGAGCGGCAUUGCCGUGGCCCUUCCGGAUACCUACGAUUUGUUGGCCAAACAACAGCACAGCUUCUGGGUGAGCCUUUUUUUCUCGAAAAACGCAAUUUUCAAAAUUUGCAGCUGACGGAGAACCGUUUCGAGCGGAACGACGACUUCCGAAUCCUUCUGGACGGAUACUACGCGUUCGCCAACAUUUCUUCGAACAAUUUCACGGAGAACAUUGCGCCGGACGGCUUCGGAAUCGUCGAAUUGCGUGGAAUGGAGAAGCGGCUCGUCUGCGAGCGCAACCGAUUUUUCCUCAAUUGGGGCCACUGGAUGCUCAAGAUCGACGCGACGUCACAGUAUUUGCGGGCGGUCGACGUGGCGAGCCUCGUGCGCUACAACUACAUUGAGAAGAACGCGUUCAUCCGCAAACGCGCCGACUACGUGGACAUGUGGCCGCGAUCGUUUGCGCUCGGCGUGUUCGGAGCACAAAGAGUCGAGGUGCACUUCAAUCGGCUCAGCAAUGAACUCAUCGACUUUGAGCUCGUUUCCGGAGCCAGGGUUCGUCGGCAAUCCCAACUUGGGAUGCCCUCACAAAUGUGGCCUUCUUUCAGUAUUCGGAGAUCUCGGAGACGAUGAACGCGACGUACAACUGGUGGGGAACCGGCAACGAGGCGGUCAUCUCGCAAAGGGUUUUCGAUUUCGACGACUGGAACACGUACAUGCGCGCCGAGUGGUCGCCGUUUUACGUGUCCAACGAUCUGUCGAUCAACUUCUGGUGGAACCCGUUCCGCGACGGACAACUCGCCAAUGCCACGUACAUCGAACCGACGGUAUCCGAUUUGCACGGACGAGUUUACGAGGACAAGAACAUGACUCUCAUCACGGAGCGGUGGUACGAGUUCCCGCAUUACUAUCGGGUCGGUCGUCUACAGUACUCCUCAAAAGAACUGGUCCUCCUUUUCAGCCGUUCCGUCCCUACCGUAUCACUCGUGACGUCACCAUUAUGCCCGGCGCCACGUUGUACAUUCAGGAGAAUGUCGAAGUGCACAUUUGGCCGAACGUUCGGAUCCUGGUGCUCGGAAACCUUGUGGCCGAGGGAUCCUACUGGCAGCCAAUCAGGUGGGGACUGGAAAUGUUUGGCCAAAAAAACUCGGCUGCGAUUUUCAGAUUCAAACCGAUCAACACGACCGAGUACCUCGAGAUCAAGGGCAAAAUUCCGACGGAAUACCGAAAAAAGCGGGGCGUCGUUUUUGAAAACGGACCGGAAACGUUCAAGCUUCGGCCUAAAACCCGACGGCCCAAAUGGUCGACGAACAACGAGCGGCCGAGGCCCAAAAGGGCUUCAGACCGGGCCAAGCCCGAUUUAGUGUACCGGCAGUUUCCGACUCUCCAUCGCGACGAUCCGUAUUAUCAGAGAUUCACAGUGUCCCUCACGGCGAACGGUUCGGAUUACGGUAGAUCCGGAUUUGUGCAAAUCUACAAUUCGACGACGGGCGAGAUGGUUCCGAGUUGCGAUCGACAGUUUACGAUCCGAAAUGCGCAGGUCGUGUGCCGGGAACUCGGGCUCGAGACUCAGAAUGUGUACCAUUGGGUCACCGAGCGAUGGGACUACAAUCCACAGCUGCGCAUCAUCAAGACGUACAUGGAACCGCGCGAGUGUCGCGGCGACGAGCCCAGUCUGGACCGGUGCAACCUCCGACUCAGCGGCAACGACUCGCAGUGGAUGUGCAUCGAUUCCGAGCACUUCAACUACGUCUAUUGUGGAUCGAAUCGAAGUCUGAGCCGCGAGUACAUCGGCAACUGGGGCGGCAUCACCUUCGCUCAGCCGGGAUUGGAGCACGAGUACGGCGAGCAGCGGAGGGCGGCGCAGACGAGCGAGAAGUCGAUUCUGAGAAAUGUGGAGAUUGUCGGCGGCGGGCACGGACACAACGACACGUGGCAAUCGGCCGGCCUUCAGAUAUUCCAUCGGGCGCCCAUCCUGGACCACGUGAAUGUGACGAACUGCUCGGUGAACGGAGUGCAGGUGAUCUCGCCGAGUGAUCGGAUCACACUUCUCAAUUUGAAUGUGACGGACAAUCACGGACAGGGCAUCAAUAUAAUGACGACGUUCGUGCAGGCGCCGAGCACUUCGCAGGAGACGAUGCGCAAGCCGAUGACGAUACCGUACUACAGUCAGGGAAUGCUGGACAUGUGCGCCGCCGCGAAGAGGCUCGACGUCCGCAAUCGCAUUAUGGUAUGUACACGUUUUUCACCGGUUUUCACGACUCUAGGACAACUCGACAACUCGAACCUAGUUUCGAAAUGUCCGGAAAUCUACAGUCCACACUGACUCUUUGCCAUUCCGUCCUUUCAGCUCUACUACAAGUACGACUCGUACCCGGUCGACUGCGUCAAGAUCUUCACCUCGGCGGGCCGUCGUGUCGCCUUCCGAAUAGUCCAAUAUCACCUGUACUCGUCGCCGACGGACCUCGGAAGAUCGGACGCCCUUCGGAUCUACAGCUCCGAGUCGUUUGCUCCGAUGAACCUGCUGGCCGACUUCCGACAGAACUACCAGUCGGCCGAUCCCUCCGUGGCCGUUUCCUCCGACGUUCUGGCCAUUCAUUUGAGGGCCACCGCCGCCGACGGCGUCUACGGGUUCAUCGCGGAGGUUUCGGCACUGCCCAGCAACGCCGAGCAGCGUGAGUUGUCCUCGAAUCUUUGGUCUUCAAGCAGUCGGUUGUUUCUUUUCAGAUACUGUCGGAGAAGUGAUCAUCCGCGCGUCGCGAAUCGACAACAACGACCGCGGAGCCAUCGAGUACUCGAAUCUCGGCGAAAUGAGCCCCAAUCUGGUCAUCGAGAGCUCCUCGUUCUCCUUCAACGGAAUCCACUUGUUCGGAAACAUUUCCACGUCGAGUCAGGCUGUUCAGCUGCACUUGCACAACACUGUCGUAAGUGUUACAGUUUAUUCAAGACGAUGUAUCUCAACUGCCGGUGUAGAUAUCAAAAAGUCGUCAACUGACAAAAUGUUCACCAAGAAAUUGUGCACAUUUUGUCAGUUGACAACUUUUUGAUAUCUCAACUGGGCGCUGAGCUAUUUUUAAAAGUUGCAGUGUUCUUUCAGUUCUUCCUGUUCCGCUCGAACGCAGUGGCGCACAACCGCGGCGGUCUGUACAUCUCCGCGACGUCGAGCAGUCCGGUGGUCCGUCUCGCGGCGCUCGUCAAAAACUGUCUGUUCGCCUACAAUUCCAACUCGACGACGCUGGCACUCUCGGGCAACAACUAUCAGCAGAUCGCCGUGCUGAACAACGUGUUCAGCCACAACUACGCGCUCUACCACGACACAAUUGUGGCGCAUGACGUGGCAAUCAACAUGAGCCUCAACACGAUCUUCGACAAUACCGGACUGCACACGCUGGAUGUGCAUGAGAACUCGAGAGUCUCGGCGGACAAGAACGUCUUCUUCUACAAUCAUUUCUACGAUAAUCUCGCACUCGGACACGGACAUCAGUACCUCGAAAUGUACGGAUUUCAGCCGCUUCUUCGGGAGAACAACGAGUUCCUGAAUCGGCCGAGACGACAGGUUCUGACGCAGCAAGGAGUCUCAUUCGACUGGUGGACCCACGUGGACAACGAAACGACCCGAUAUCGAUCGACGAUCAUUGCGGGCGGCGCGCAAGAGAUCUUCAAGUUCAACACGUUCAACGACCCGAAAAACGAUUACGAACUGACGACCGGACGGCAGUCUCAGUACGAACUGGGCGCCAUUGACGCCCGCGAAAACUACUGGGGCUACCCGGGAACCGUCGGCGUCGCGUCGGGCAAGAUCCGCGAUCAGGAGGACUAUCCGGCACUCGUGAAGGUCGAAUACGCGCCGGUCUUGGAGUCGAACACGAGUCUCAUCGAGGGAGACUGCCCGGCCGGCUGGUUCCAGGCGGGCCACAACGAGUUCAAGUCGUGCUUCUUGUUUGUCGCGGCCUCGGUGACGUACGUGCGGGCCGUGGAGUACUGUAAAGAGCUCGGAGCAUUCGUGCCCUACUUGCGGAUCGAUGAUAUUCUGCAAUCGCAAUUGGCGCAGCGCAUCGAAAAGUUCUCGAUCGAGCUGAUCACGGAGCAGGAGAGACUCAAGGCUUAUGGGGUCGAGGAUGACGUGCACGUGUGGAUCAGUUCGGUUACGGUGCCGAACACUCAGUGCGGUUGGCUCAGCGCCCGCACCAAACGGAUCGGCGUCACGAAUUGCAACGUUCUUCUUCCGUUUGUCUGCGAGAAAGGAACGCAUCCGUACUCGGAGCCGAUCCUCUGGAGGACCGGAGUCGUCAUUCCGAUCAUCAUCGCCGCCGUCGUUCUCGCCGCACUCGUUGUCCUUCUGGUUUGCUGGUGCAUCAAGUCGAGGAAGCGGAACGAGGUGUUGAUUGAGCGGAAGAAGAUGGCGAGGGCCAGUUUCAAACUGCAAAAGUGAGUUGGAUUCGGAUUCAAUCGAACAACUUGAUGGAUUUAUUACAGAAAAGAGCAAGAAUUCGAGAAGAGCCAGUUCAAGAGUCGAAACGCGCACAGCCACACUUCCGGACACGCGAGCCUGAACAGUGGGACCACCGCGAGUGCCUACAGUGUUCCCGGGUAAGACUAGUGGCACCUCGGAUCCUCAGAACACAAUCUAUUUCAGACGAGACCGGCUGACCACGAGAGCACCGUAUCCGCGGUCCCCGACGGAUACGCUCAGCACGGGAACAUCGGAUCGCACCUUUUCGUACACGACAUUCACUCCGCAAGGAGGACCAACCACUGCUACGGGCACCUAUCAGACGAGGUCCAGGUACUGUUUGUUUAAAGUGAUAUAUCUCAUCUGCCGGUAGAUAUAUGAAAAUGUUGUCAACUGAUAAAGUGUUCAUCAAGAAAUUUUGUACAUUUUAUUAGUUGAUAACUUUUUCAUUUCUCUGCGGAGAGCUGAGAUAUGUUAGCAAACGCACCGUUACCCUUUUUCAGUCGGCCCUACCGCUCAGUCUCGACGGAUCCGAACGGAUACUCGGAGAUCACCGACCGUACGACGACGGCCACGCCCACAACUACAGUACCCUACAACGCCGUCAAAAUGCGUCCGUCGACCAUUUUGACGAGCGACACUUCGGACGUCACCUCGUGCAGCACUUGCCCUUCGGAUUCCGGUACGUCUCCUCGUCGAACGUUGUUUCAUUCAAAGUUAUUCUCGUUCAGAACGAACCUCGACGGCCACCGACAUUUCCACGUCAUACACGAGCGACGCGUCGGUGAGCACUCUCCAAUCGACAGUAAUCCGAGCACCGGCCGCCGCUCCGAGAUCGCCGCGAAGGGAUGGACCGACGAGAAAUUCGACGGGAUUCCUCGCCCACAACAACAACUUCCAACCGCUGCCCACCGAACCGCCAAGGUAGGCAAAAAAAAGGAAAACGACUACAGUACUCUUUGGAGGGAUGAUAGCAAAAAAGUGUGAACGGUGUGUAGAUUACCGUCUAAAAGUUCUAGAACGUUUUAUUAUCCCUGAAAAAAAAGUUACACCCACUCAAAGUUUGCCAUUUUUUGCAGAAACGAAACCAUUUUCAUUUUCAGACAAGCUCCGCCACCGCAACCGGCUCCCCGCUCUUUUAAUCAUUUUGUCGAGCUGCAUGCUCCGCCACGUACCGGAUCUCUCCAAAAGCCGCCAGUCAUCGAGACCUCCAUGUGA